UUUCUACCUGAUCAAUGGGAGAUAACAUUAAAACUUCACCUCCGCUUUCAAACUGACUUGUCAUCCUCCGAAUAAGAUCAUAAAAAGGCAUGGCGACCGAAAUAGAAGACAAACCUUUUGAAAAAGACGAUUAUUCUGCCAAAGACGAAAACUAUUUUGACUCCUUCCCGUGCGACCCAGAGCUGACAGAUUUAACUCUCGUCGUGGAAGAAAAGAAGCUACAUGUAAUCAAAGCUGUGCUUAUGGAUGCGUCACCUGUAUUUAGAAAAAUGUUCACCGACGACUUUAAAGAAAAGAAUGCAGCAGAAGUCCAUCUUCCUGGAAAGGAAUAUUCCAUAUUCGUUUUGUUUCUGAGAUGUAUUUUCCCGAGAGAACAUGUUACUCUUUCAGAGAGAAGUAUCGAAGAUCUUUUGCCACUAGCUCACGAGUACGAUGUUAAGUGCAUUUUAAGAGAGUGUGAAACAUGGCUACUAACUGAACUUGAGUUUAAGAAAGCGAAAGUAGAAAACCAUUAUGUAAAUGUAGAAAAUGACGUCGAAUACCUAACGAAGUGCCUUUACUAUGGCAGUGAGUACUGCUUGAGAGAAUUGUAUGCUAAAGCUUUCCAAUUAAUGAUUCCACAUAAGCUUACCAGAUAUAAAACGAAUCAAUUCUACCAGAAACUUCCUGAGAAAAAUAAACGAGAACUUAUUGAAGCACGGCUUACUAAGAUUGAAGAAAUGGGAACAUUAUUAAACACCACUAACUCAUUUGGUUCAUCCGGAUUGUUUGGUCAACAAACUAAAGUAUCAACGACUUCUGAACAAACUGUCUUUCAGUGUUCAGCUAAUUUAUUCAUUUAAGAACAUAUUAUUAUUACUCGUUAUCAACACAAACCAAAUACAAGUAUUGUGCCUCUCUCAGCUGCACUUUUAUUAAAGCUCUGCGUGUGGAUCAAAAUUGAAUCCCGUAUACACUGUACAAGAAACGUGAUUCCAUAAAAUUCAUGUAUUUAGUUGAUUAUGAUGGUUGUUGUAAGAUUCAAUUUCAAUUCGAAGGAUUUUUUU